CCUGGCCUCUUAGGAACACCUGGAAGCUGCCAUCCAGCAGAACCAGCAGCUGCAGGCCCAGUUGAGCCUCAUGGCUCUCGCUGGGGAAGGAGAUGGAUUGGACAGGGAGGAGGUGGAGGAGGAGGAGGCAUCUCGGCCCAGGCCAAGCAUCCCAGAGGAACUGAAGAGCCAGGAGGCCAUGGUGGAGCUGGUGUUUCCGCUUGUGGGUGACCGUAACCAGGGGCAUGGCGGAUUGCGGGCAGCUGCCCAGAACCCUGCUGAUGAGUCCGCACCAGGGACCCCAGGCCCUCAGGAGCUUGGAGCUGCCGACAAGCAGGGUGAUCUUUACAGCAAGCCCUGCAUGCCGUUCUUCUACCGAGGAGACCACAAGAAGGCAAAGAUCAUAAACAUCAAAAAGCCGGCAGCAAGGCCUGGAGAAGACACAUAUCAAAACAACAUGAUCAGCUGGAUGUGGUGGUUCACGCCUGUAAUCCCAGAGCUUUGGAAGGCUGAGGAAGAGGAUUGCUUGAAGAUUCUUAUUCGACAUAGGUCAGUAUGUUAA